AGAGGGGUGGGGCUAAAGGGCAAAGGCCAAACAUCUAGUGGCUGAGCCGGCCAUGUCUAGCUCCGUGCACCUCUCUCUCCUACUGACUUGUCUCCUCCAUUGCCAUGUUGAGGGAAUAUUGUGUGAGCACUCACUGAAGUUUGGGGAGAACCAUUCCUUCCAACUCAACAUCACCUCUCCACAGAGUCUCUGCUACCAGCUCAACCAGACCACUCAGAAACAGGCGCUCCGUGUGUAUGCAGCCAGCGACGAUGCUGUCAUGGAUCAUCCGGUGCUAGUGACUGCCAGACAGUGCAAGGGAGUCACCUCUUGGUCCGUGCCUUUUGUGGAGAGUGGGCUUUCCUACGGCUGGUUCGACCAUAUGCUGUGCCCUUUUCUCAACAUGAAGUCAAACUCUAGUUUAGAGCAGUCUGAAAUCCUUGUUGAUCUCUCUACUUCCAGUUUGCUCUCUAUCAACAUCACUCUCAGAAUAGACAUUGUCGAACAGCACAAGUUAGAGCUUCACAAACCACUAAAAUUAGAUGCCUCUUCUUGCAGUGCCUCCUACCUGUUAUUUGAAUACCCCCCUGAUCUAAACGAUGUGAGAGUCAAGAUCACCUCUGAUGCUGAUACCCGGGACAUUUGUGCCAUCGCUUCAAUUCAGAAUGUGUAUUGCCCUGUCGUGGAGUUAGUUGACAAUGUGGAUGAUAGAGGCAUGUACCAAACCAUGAGGUCACUGGCAGCGUUCAAUGUAGAAACACAGAGUGAAGGUAGAUUUUUCUAUGUUGUACUCUCUGUGUAUCCUGAUGAUUGUCCCCAUGGUGACUGCGAUUGUUAUCAGGGCCUGAUUGACCGAGUUUCAGUAGACAAUCAUAACCCGACACUAUUUAACGGCUCAUUAAGGGUUAAACGAACAAUGGUGACCGUGCAACCAGCACUGACAACUGUGCAAUAUGCAGUCCCAAUGGCCUUACUGCUCAUUCUAAUCGUUGUAUUCUACACGGUCACAAUCGGAUGGAUUGUUGUUUUUGAUUGGUGGAAGUAUGAUGAGCAUCCAAUGUACACGGUCGAACAUGCGGAUGUGGAGAAAGCUAACCAUACCACUGAAGAACACGAUGGCAAAGCCACUCACGGACAGGCUACUGAAUAUGGAAAUUUGAAUGUUACUUUGUCGAGUGUACUUGCUGGUAUUCGUUGGAAACGGAAAGCUUUAAACAAUAAAGCUGCCCGUAAGCCUGUUGAAAGACCGACACUAUGGAGUGUAUUGAGCGGCUCCAACUGGGAUGAAGUAGUUCCUGAUUCCCCCUCAAAACCUUCACACCGAAAGAAUGCCUUUAAUCGAAGAAAUUCAUCAGCUUCUGUCUCUUCAAACCAAAGCUUAUCAUCACCUUUACAUAGUAUAUAUACAGAGACAUAUCCUUCGUCAGCAUUUCAAAGUACAACAGAAAUUCCCACUGAUGUUGCCACCUUGCGUCAGCGAAAACAGGUGUCAGAAGUGAUACCUGGCGACAUUGAAGAGCCAGGGGCAUCUGAUGUAGCAGCUGACACUCCCUUCACACCGUCACCUACCCACAGCCUCACACAACACACCACCUUCACACCGUCACCCACCCACAGCCUCACACCCUCACAUGAGCUUCACUUUCGGGACAGGAUUCCUGAUACGAUCCAAGAGGAGGAGAGUGACAGUUCAUUAUCGGACGAGGAAGAACUUAUCGAAACGUAUCAGCAUGACAAACCACCUUUCCCAGUGAAGGUGCUGGUUUCUGAGCUGGGAGAAAUUGACGAGUAUCAGAGUGCUUAUGACCACUACUACAAGUUAGUCCUAGCAGGUGGUUUGUUCUAUGCAAUGCCCGUUUAUCAACUCCUCAUCGUGUACAGAUCCAUCGUGUCUUCUGGCAAUGAGAAUGUUUGCUACCACAACUUUCUUUGUGCUCAUCCGUGGAGAAUAUUGGGAGUCAGUAUAUCGUCAUUCAAUACCAUCUUCAGCAACGUUGUGUUAUUUUCACUUGGGCUGCUCAUCAUUCUCAUCUCAAAAAGGAGGAAAUAUCUCUAUUAUGCUUACGCGAAAAUGAAUCUUCAGAGACCCAUUGUUAAAAGAAUCGGAGUACCUCAACAAUUUGGAAUUUUUUAUACAAUAGGUGUGACUGCAAUCUUAGCGUCCGUGAUGAGCUCAGCCUAUCACAUGUGUCCCACCAAGGACAACUACAAAUUUGACGCCUCGUUCAUUCUGAUUUCCCAGGGUAUAGGAAUACAGAAGAUAAUAAUGUGCCGUGGUGGUCUGGAUAAAUCACCUCCAGUGCAUGAUAUCAUGCUGUUUAUUGUCGGGAUAUUGUACAUGAUAAGUAUUGGAACUACCUUCAGUUCUAGCACUCUGUUUUGGGGGUGUUUCUUUCUCCUCUAUGUUCUACUUACUCUGUUGAUUGCCGUGGAGUUCUAUUAUCGCUGGCAGAUCAACUCCUCAUUGCUCAAGCAGCUUCUGUCAUACUUUUGGUCAGAGGGUAUUUAUCCACCACGACACAAGGCCAAGUUUGGAAUGGCAGUUGUAAUAAUCGUGCUCAAUACUCUACUGGCUUACGUUGGCUAUAGCUCACAGACAUCCAAGUUUGCGUUCUAUAUGCUCAUAAUCAUCAUUUCCAACUGUACAAUGUGGCAGAUAUACUAUUUCAUCACAAAGGCUGUUUUUGGGGAGCUAAAGUACAGGAAACUAACCAAGACUGCUUUAUUCGGUGGUCUUCAUAUUCUCUCCUGGGUGUUUGCUUUAAUAUUCUUCUCAAUCGAUGGUAUUGAUUGGGCUGCCUCUGCGGCCGUCUCCAGGGACUACAACAAAGAGUGCAUUCUGUUUGGAUUCUACGAUGCUCACGACUUGUGGCACCUUUUUUCGGGGUUUGCGGCGUUUUUCAGCACUAUGCAACUUAUGACUAUGGACGAUGAGCUGGAGAUAUGGCCCAGGGAUAAAAUUAUGACCUUUUGAUCUAACUUGUGCUAGUGCAUUUGUCCUGGACAUAUCACGUGACUCCAAUGACCACAAUGCACUUAAAUUAUAGUGAUUCAUGCACACAUGUCGGACCUCCUCUGUGUAAUUGUGUAUAGAGCAAUUAUUUUUGCUGUCAACUAGUAUAGUGUGUAUAAUUAUAAUUAUAGUAUAUUCUAGCCAAGGAAGCACUCUGGUGUACAUGUCCAAUGAUGUAAUAUAGCAACGUAUAUACGGUGACAAUGUUUUGUGGGUAUAUUACCCGGAGUAAAGGCCACUCCAAUUAGUGAUACUCUGUUUCUGGUCCUA